CUCCUCUGUCAUUUUCUCUUUCAUUCUCUCUCUCUGUCUCUGGUACACUGGAGGAUUAGAAUUGCAGUGGGGGCUGGUUGUGUUGGCUGGAGCUGAAAAAAACGCUGGUUUCAGCAGGCUGCCAUGCGGCAUGAAUGGACAGAGAGUGAGAGUGAGAGCGAGAGAGAGAGAGAGAGAGAGGCAAGAGGCAGAGCGGAGAGGGAGAGCUCACAGCUCAGCUUUGUUCUCGCUAAUCAGCAGCGGUGAGCCCCAGCGCUGCAUCUCAGAGGUUAACUAAAUGAGGCUUUUAUGAUAAUACAUGCGACGAGAUCAGUUCAUCAUGCCCUCUAGGCAGACUGGAUCACUGCCGCUCCGCCUUCUUUAGCAUCGAGGAACCCCUGGCUCUCGGCUCUACGCUAGCAUGUGUAUCAGACAGAGAUGACGACAGGACAGUAGUGGCUUCGGACUCGCCGGAAACGCAAUCAGCCUGGGAUCGUAACGGGUCGCUUCUUCUGCAUGGUGGAGUAACCUGAAUUAGGGAUUUUUAUCAGUGUGGAUGUGGACGGGGACAGGGGCGGGGGGGGUCGCGUUUUUUCCCAAGCACCUAUGAGGUCGGAGCGAAUGAGCCGCGUGUGUAUCGUCGUCUUGGAGGAGGUGGAGGACGACGAGCCCUCCCCUCUGCAUUCCAAAACAGCGCAGGACCACGUUUCCCAGCAUUCACCUCCCGAAGCCGACGCUCAGGAAGAGAAGCCUUCGUUGUUGAAAGCCAUCUUUAAUGUGGAUCCAGAUGAAGUUCGAGCUCUCAUAUUCAAAAAGGAAGAUGUCAACGUCCAGGAUAACGAGAAGAGGACUCCCCUCCACGCUGCAGCCUACUUGGGUGACGCCGAGAUCAUCGAGCUUCUCAUUCUGUCAGGAGCGAGAGUAAAUGCCAAAGAUAAUAAGUGGCUGACCCCUCUUCACCGUGCCGUUGCCUCCUGCAGUGAGGAGGCAGUUCAGGUGCUGCUGAAACACUCGGCUGAUGUGAAUGCUCGGGAUAAGAACUGGCAGACUCCACUACACGUGGCGGCGUCUAACAAAGCGGUGCGCUGUGCCGAGGCUCUUGUCCCCCAGCUCAGCAACGUAAACGUGUCGGACCGCGCCGGACGCACCGCCCUGCACCACGCUGCCUUCAGCGGACACCUCGAGAUGGUGAAGCUUCUGCUGUCCAGAGGAGCCAACAUCAAUGCGUUUGAUAAGAAGGACAGGAGAGCUAUACACUGGGCUGCGUAUAUGGGUCAUAUGGAGGUGGUGCGCUUGUUGGUGUCUCAUGGUGCUGAGGUGGUGUGUAAGGAUAAGAAGGGCUACACGCCGCUCCACGCUGCAGCGUCUAGUGGGAUGAUCAGUGUGGUGAAAUACCUGCUGGAUCUGGGCGUCGAGAUCAAUGAACCGAAUGCGUACGGAAACACUCCACUGCACGUGGCGUGCUACAACGGUCAGGACGUGGUAGUGAACGAGUUAAUUGAAUCAGGUGCUAACGUCAACCAGGUGAACGAGAAGGGCUUUGCACCGCUGCACUUUACCGCUGCCUCUCGCCAGGGGGCGCUGUGCCUGGAACUGCUAGUGGGUAACGGAGCAGACGUCAACAUCAAGAGUAAAGAUGGAAAGACGCCCCUUCACAUGGCCGCCAUUCACGGCAGGUUCUCCAGAUCUCAGGCUGUCAUUCAGAGCGGAGCUGAGAUUGACUCUGAAGAUAAGAAUGGAAACUCACCUCUGCACAUAGCAGCUCGAUACGGCCACGAGCUCCUCAUCAACACCCUCAUCAGCAACGGCGCUGACGUGGCCAAGCGGGGCAUCCAUGGCAUGUUUCCUCUUCACCUUGCUGCACUAAGUGGCUUCUCUGACUGCUGCAGGAAGCUUCUCUCCUCUGGGUUUGACAUUGACGCACCUGACGACUUUGGCAGAACGUGUUUACAUGCGGCUGCAGCAGGAGGAAACCUCGACUGUUUAAACCUGCUGCUCAACACUGGAGCUGACUUCAACAGGAAGGACAGAUUCGGAAGGACGCCACUGCACUAUGCGGCCGCUAACUGUAAUUAUCAGUGCCUGUUUGCACUAGUGGGCUCAGGAGCCAGUGUGAACGACACAGACCUGAGAGGCUGCAGCCCUAUGCACUACGCUGCUGCCUCAGACACCGACGCCAAGUGCUUGGAGUAUUUAUUGCGUAACGAUGCCAAUCCAGGGAUCAGAGACAAACAGGGCUAUAACGCAGUGCACUACGCCUCAGCCUACGGUCACCGCCUCUGCCUCGAACUGAUUGCCAGUGAAACACCGCUGGAUGUGCUUAUGGAGACAUCUGGGACCGAUAUCCUGAAUGACACCGAUGGCCAGGCUCCCAUCAGCCCUUUGCACUUAGCAGCAUACCACGGCCACCACCAGGCUCUGGAGGUGCUGGUUCAGUCCCUGUUGGACCUGGAUGUGCGGACGGUGCAGGGACACACACCGCUGGACCUGGCUGCCUUUAAAGGCCAUGUGGAGUGUGUGGAUGUGCUCAUCAACCAGGGAGCCUCCAUCCUGCUUAAGGACUACACACACAAAAGAACACCCAUUCACGCUGCAGCCAUGAACGGUCACUCAGAAUGUCUCCGCCUCCUCAUCAGCAAUGCUGGCCCACCCUCAGCCGUCGAUGUCCACGAUGGGAAUGGACAAACUCCUCUGAUGCUGGCGGUGCUGAAUGGACACACAGAAUGUGUCUACUUCCUGAUCAGCAAAGGAGCCAAUGUGGGAGCCAGAGACAAGUGGGGCAGGACGGCUCUUCACCGCGGGGCGGUGACAGGGCAUGAGACGUGUGUGGAGGCGCUGUUGCAGCAUGGGGCCAGUGUGUGUGUACGGGACAGUAGAGGGCGUACAGCCAUGCAUCUGGCAGCGGCGUGCGGUCACGUUGGGGUGUUGGGGUCUCUGCUGCAGGCCGCACACUCCCAAAACACGGUGCCGGUCAUCAUGGACAGCUGUGGAUACACCCCACUCCACUGGGCCUGCUACAACGGUCAUGAUACGUGUGUUGAGGCACUGUUAGAGCAGGAGGCGUUCCACAGGAUGGAGGGCAACUCCUUCAGUCCACUUCACUGUGCUGUAAUCAGUGAUAAUGAAGGUUCAGCUGAGCUGCUGAUUGACACACUGGGUCCUGCCAUUGUUAACGCUACAGACUCCAAAUCCAGGACGCCUCUACAUGCUGCAGCCUACACAGACCAUGUGGAAUGUCUCCAGCUGCUGCUCGGUCACAACGCCCAGGUGAACGCCAUCGACGCUCUGGGCAAAACACCCCUCAUGAUGGCGGCUGAGAACGGCCAGACUAACGCCGUGGAGGUGCUUGUGAGUAAAGCGAAGGCAGAACUCACACUCCAGGAUGCAAACAAGAACACAGCCCUACAUUUAGCCUGCAGCAAGGGGCAUGAAACCAGUGCCUUGUUAAUUCUGGAGAAGGUCACGGACAGGAACCUAAUCAACGCCACAAACGCAGCUCUACAGACGCCGCUGCAUGUCGCUGCGCGUAAUGGACUUGCGGUUGUAGUGCAGGAGCUGCUGGGUAAAGGAGCCAGUGUCCUGGCUGUGGAUGAAAACGGUUAUACUCCAGCUUUAGCGUGUGCACCGAACAAAGACGUGGCCGACUGCCUGGCGCUGAUCCUGGCCACCAUGAUGCCCGUGUCCCCUGCCAGUACCGGCACCGUGCCAGGCCUAAACUUCAGUGCCAUAAAUCACUACUGUAGCCCUUCCAAAGCUGUGACCUUUGACCCUUUACCCAGCCUGCGCUCCGGGCAUCCAUCUUACUGCAGCUUCAACAGCCUGGGACGUGAAGAUGGCCUCGUUAUUCAUGAUGAAGAAUUUAACGACUCGGAUUCAGAGACUUACUGAGGACUUCGGUUCAUCUCACUGCUGAGGAUCGUUCAGUACCCGAGUGCCUGGAGAUCGCUGAAGACGCUAACGCUAUGUUGCUGAAUCACAGUAAAGUGGAUUUAGUGCUGUGUCCUUUCUAUGGAAUGAGAAAUGUGCCACUACACUCUAAAUUUAAGAUACACAAAUCUGAUUUUUUUUUUGUGUGUGUGUGUAGCUGAAGUACAGGAAAUUGAAGUUGUAUUCCAUGCUUUGAAUUUGUCUGCAAGGUUUCAAUUUCAAUUUUAUAAUAAUCAGGUACAGAAAAUUUAGGGGCACAAUCUAUUUCAAAUUCAGAGUCGAAUUUACUAAAUUUUCUAAACACUAGUCUGUAGAGUUGCCAUUAGAAAUUUGAAUUUAAUUGCAAAAAUCUGAAACUGAAUUUCAUGUUUAAGGGUGAACGAGUGACCAUGUCAUUCUAAAUGAAGUGCGCAUAUAAUCAAUUUCUAAAAAUUGUUCCGUAUUUCGGUGUGAAAAAUGUUUAUCCUUGCCUUUAAUCCAGUAACAAUAUAACAAAGUAAAUGUGCUGACAUUUGAAAUAAGAUUCAUUUGGACAGGUUGGCGAUAGUAUUGAUGAUGGUGUGUCAUUUAGCUGGUUAUAGUGAGAUAGCCAGGUUUUCUAGAGGUUCAGUGUUUGCUUUUACCUCCAAGAUGUUAUGGAUUAGUCAUCAUUUAGAUCAUUUAGAAUGUCAAAUAUUAAGUUGUAAGUUGUUCAGUUUCAGAUUUUAGAUCUUUUGCAAGCCAUGAAAUUCAGUUUCAGUUUCUGGUGGUAUGAUACAAAUUCAAAUUAAUAACAUUUAAUGUAUUUAAAUUGAAAUUUUCUGACAUGAUCCUAACUCCACACCACCACAUCAGUGGCUCAAACGGUGGCAAUCGAAUCUGUGCUCGUUUGCCUUUCCUAAGUCUCCAGAUUUUUGAAAAUUUAAAUCUAAAUUUGAAAUGGAUUAUGCCACCAAAACCUGAAUGUGAAUUUUCCACACCUGAUUAUUAUAAAAUUAAAAUCUUGCAUGCAAAUUCAAGCCACAGAAUACAAUUACAGAAACUACAAAAAUUUCACUUACAAAUUCAAAUAAAAAUUCAGAUUAAAAAAAAAGAAAAAAAGAAUUCAGAUUGUACUGGCACGUUUCUCAUUCCAUACCUUUCAAGCUAUAGCUCUUCUGGGAAUAAUGGAGUGUACCAUUUUUGUGGGAUGUCACUCCGGGUUCCCUCUCUUACACGGCUCAGGAGCGUUUAGAGACAUGAGAGCAGGAGAGAAAAGAAAAUCAGUACGUGGUUGAUCAUCCACACUGCAGCAUGAUCUGGAUUGUGUUUUCACACUCACCAUGGGUUUGGUUCUUUAUCUCACCGUUCUUUCAAAAUGCUUCUGUUGAUCCUGAUACAUUUAAUUUCCCAUGAAACAGGAACCAUAACCUCAAACACAACAAUAAUGACUACUGUGGAAGUUUCUCGACACAUCGGCUCUGGCAGUAAGAGAAGAAAUCAUGAACUUGCAACCAAGGGACCAAGUUGCCCUUUUUAAAGCAUGAUUUAGUAUUUUUGUUUGUUGUUUGUUUGUUUUUUUAGCUGGGGUUAAUUUAUUAUUAACUAAGAUUAACCAAGAUUUGGACAAAACAGACUGCUGUGAAUGUUAAGUGCAAACCUCCGGUCCGUGUUGCUGCAGAGUAACUGAUUAACGGAAGACGGACGGAUUUCUAUGAACCCUGGAGUAUCAUUAAAAGGGCAUUCUGAUGCAUUUCUUACCCACGAGUUCGAGACCAGCUAUCGAGGUGACAGGGUUUAUACACACUCAGUGCUGGUUUUUGGUGAAUUGCAACAUUUGUUAUAGAGCAAAGACGUGUGUGUAUACCUGCGUUUCCGUGUGUGCUUGUGUGUGUGAGUGAUUGUAUGUGUUUUAAAAAAAAUGUUACCUUUUAUAAAGGGUAAGGACUGGCCACUUGGUGCAUUGCUCAAAUGAUUACUAAUAAAUCUUGAAUAUUUUUGUCACACACCACAAUAAGGUCAGCUCUAUGAUAAGGACUGAUUUGAUUAUUUAAAUGUAGGAGUGCUGAAACCCAUUUUACACAGAACAUGUGAUUGCUGUUAGCCGGUUAAAUGCAGUCUCUGAAGUUGCUCACAAUAAACCGUGUAUUUACUCAGAA